CUCUGCUGUGACUGUGUAGUAGUUAUGUAAUCGUUGGUAUGGUAGUUGCGUUGUAUCGUGCUUUGUGUUGAUAUGAUUCGCCAUUUUUACUCUGGUUUUAGUGUAUGCUGAUGUGUAAUUAUUUACCUGAUGUGUAAAAAGUCCUGAGUAUAUAAAAGAAACAGGAAAAAUGAAGAAAGAAAAAACGGGAGAUAACAGCCGCCCUUAUAAAUUAGCUCACCAAAUAUUAAGCUUAACAGGAAUAAGCUUUCAACGAAAAAGUAUUAUUGGUUUUGUGGAAUUGACUAUUAUUCCUCUUAGAGACACUCUCAGAUCAAUAAAAGUUAAUGCAAAACAAUGCAGAAUAUACAGAGUAUGCUUAAAUGAUACUUAUGAAGCUCCUUUUCAAUAUUUUGAUCCUUUUCUUGACAUCUGUCAGGGAGAUAGCAAGCAACGUUCUUUGGAAUUUUUUUCAAACAUGCAUCUAGCAGCUGCACAAAAAGUUGAUCCUGACAAUAAUGCUGGAGAAUUAGUAGUACAAAUUCCACCGGAUGCAGCGCAUCUAGUUGCAGAAGGCCGUGCGCUGCGUAUUAGCAUUGAGUUUUCUUUAGAACAGCCACAGGGAGGUGUACACUUUGUUGUUCCUUCUGAAGGAAGUUUAGUCGAGAAAGGAGCACAUAUGUAUACAUACAGUUAUGAAAAUUCAUCUAGAUUAUGGUUUCCAUGUAUCGAUAGCUUUGCUGAACCAUGUACUUGGAAAUUGGAAUUUACAGUUGAUGAUUCAAUGACUGCGGUCUCAUGUGGAGACUUGAUUGAAGUAGUAUAUACACCUGACAUGCGCAGAAAAACUUUUCACUAUGUGCUCAAUACUCCUGCUUGCGCUCCAAAUAUUGCACUUGCAGUCGGACCGUUCGAAAUUUUUGUGGAUCCUUACAUGCACGAAGUGACUCAUUUUUGCCUGCCUCAGCUUUUACCAUCGUUGAAAGUAUCCGCAAAAUAUAUGCAUGAAGCAUUCGAAUUUUACGAAGAAACUUUGUCAAAUCGAUAUCCAUAUUCGUGCUACAAACAGGUUUUCGUUGACGAAAUAGAUGAAGACGUCAAUGCUUAUGCCACAAUGAGUAUUUUGAAUACAAAUUUACUACAUUCUACCGCAAUUAUUGAUCAAGUGUAUAUUACUAAAAAAGCAAUGGCACAAGCGGUCGCGGAACAAUUUUUUGGUUGUUUUAUAUCUAUGCAAAAUUGGUCGGACACAUGGUUGCCCAAGGGUAUUUCUACGUAUCUCACAGGAUUAUACGCUAAAAAAUGUUUUGGCAAUAACGAAUAUAGAGAAUGGAUUCAAUCAGAGUUACAAGAAGUCGUAAAAUACGAGGAACAAUUUGGUGGCAUAAUAUUGGAUCCUUCACAAGCGCCAGCUCCAUUGCCUAUCGCAGCUAAUACACCAGCACCUCCUCCUCGAGUUCCUGAUCCUGGAUUUUAUUUUCCUAUUAGAAAUUUACAUACAAUGUCACCGAAGUAUAUUGAAGUACUCCGUAAAAAAGCACAUCUAAUUAUGAGGAUGUUGGAACAUAGAAUUGGCCAAGAAUUGUUACUUCAAGUAUUUAAUAAACAGUUGUCUCUAGCAGCUAAUGCUGCUCAACAAAAGAUCGAUUCUGGCUUGUGGUCACACAUGUUAAUUAGCACGAAUGUUUUUGCUAAGGCUAUUUUUACAGUAACAGGAAAAGACAUGUCAGUAUUUAUAGAUCAGUGGGUGAGAACAGGAGGACACGCAAAAUUUAGCUUAAGUUUUGUAUUUAAUAGAAAAAGAAACACAGUGGAAUUAGAAAUAAGGCAAGAUACCACACACAUAAGAGGAAUUAGAAAAUAUGUAGGUCCACUCUUAGUCAGUAUUCAAGAAUUGGAUGGUACCUUUAAGCACACAUUGCAAAUUGAAGGUACAAUGGCAAGAGCGGACAUUACUUGUCACAGUAAAAGCCGGAGAAAUAAAAAGAAGAAAAUUCCACUCUGCACUGGCGAAGAAGUUGACAUGGAUCUGUCAGCUAUGGAUGAUUCUCCAGUAUUGUGGAUUAGACUUGACCCUGAAAUGACAAUUAUGCGCUCUGUACAAAUUGAACAGCCCGAUUAUCAGUGGCAGUAUCAAUUGAGACACGAGAGAGACGUCACAGCGCAAUUAGAAGCGAUCGAGGCUCUGCAUCAUCAUCCGACACCUGCAACACGAUUGGCACUAACGGAUACAAUCGAAAACGAACAUUGCUAUUAUAAAGUUAGACUUCGUGCCGCUCAUUGUUUGACAAAGGUGGCUAAUGCAAUGGUGGCAACAUGGGCUGGUCCACCGGCAAUGUUAGCCAUAUUUCGUAAAUUAUUCGGAUCGGCGUCCUGUCGACGGAUUAUUAAGCAAAACAACUUUUCGAAUUUUCAACAUUAUUUUCUGCAAAAGACCAUACCAGUUGCAAUGGCUGGAUUACGUAAUGCUCAUGGUAUCUGUCCACCGGAAGUCCUGGCUUUUUUGAUGGAUCUUUUUAAAUACAAUGAUAACAGCAAGAACAGAUAUUCGGACAAUUAUUACAGAGCUGCGCUAAUAGAAGCUUUAGGUGCAACUGUCACGCCGGUUGUCAGCUUGCAACAAGGAACUGCCAUUACAGCAGAUUCUCUGUCAAUCGACACAAAGGCCAUUCUGGAAGAAGUUACUAGAAAUCUAAAUUUAGAAAAAUUGUUACCUUGCUACAAAUAUACCGUCAGUGUAGCUUGUCUCAAAGUGAUACGUAUUCUGCAGAAAUUUGGUCAUCUUCCAAGCAACCCUCAUCUGUUUAGAGCGUUUGCAGCAUACGGUCAAUUUAUAGAUAUCAGGAUAGCAGCUUUAGAAGCUUUAGUCGACUUUACUCGUGUGGAUGGUAAAUCAGAAGACUUAGACUUCUUGUUAGAUAUGGCGGAAAUGGAUCCGCAUCCCGGUAUACGUCACAGACUUGUACGACUGAUGGUAGAGAAUCCACCGUUUGAAAAAGCUCACAAGCAUCGUCUGGAUAAACCAGACUUAGUUGACCGCAUAUGGAACUUGAUUAAUGGCAUGUUAUCGCACGAUGCAAAAUUGCGUUGCGAUUUAGUGGACCUAUAUUAUACUUUGUACGGUACAAAAGCACCAUUUUGUCUUCCUGUCCCCGAACUAGCGGGACUCACAAAACCUAAAAAGAGCGGUCCACAAAGUCCGGAGGAUGAAGUAAAUCUCGUUUCUGUGAAGAUUCCACCAGUGCAACACGUAAGACACGAAUCGAUCGACGAAAUUGAGACUCCUCCAGUCCAAACUAAGAGAAAAAUAUCUCCAAAUAGAGAUCCUCCGGGUCCAUCUAAUUCAAUGGAAUAUGGACCAGAAGUAAAACGGCAAAAAGUAAACAAUCAAGAUGAACGAGGUAUUCCUGUACCUAGUGAAGGAAAAGUGAAGUCCGAAUAUUACAGCGAUAAUUCCGCAUCACUUCCUGGUAUCAUGGGAACUCCUGGUCCAGUAGGUUUUGAACCAGGCAUGUUUAAAAAAGAACUAGACGAACAUAAAUCCAAGACUGAUUCUAGCAAUAAGAGCAAAAAGAAGAAAAAGGACAAGAAAAAACAUAAGCAUAAGCAUCGUCAUCAUAAACAUAAAGAUAAAGACAAGAAAGAAAAAGAUAAAAAUAAGGAUAAAGAAAAGGAAAAACCUAAAGACAAGGAUUCAUCGGCUUUAAAACUUAAAGAUGAGACUCUUAGUUCUGCUAGCUCUAGUCAGAGUCCAGAACCAAUUACGUCUAACGAAUUUCUCUUUCCCUAGAAUCUGAAAUAUUAUGAACUUGAUAAAUUUAUAUAAUUCAGUGGUUAUAACAUCUAACCAAAUUUAAAAAUAUUAAAAUUUUGUAGAAUUGAAAAAGCCGAUGUUGGUACAUAAAAAUAUAUUUUCCAAAAGGUUUUCUCCAAUCGUACCGACUCUACUUUUAGUCGUGCAAUCGAUAAAAAAAAACUUUAAGUAAGCUAAAAUAAAGUAUAUGUAUUUACUCGUGUUAUCUGAGUAUACACGUUGACAUGUUUAACAAUAACGUUGACAAUUGACAUUGUCUCACUUCACUCAGUCAAUUUCUGGUGAAUUAUAUUAAUUUUCAACGAACUUCACAAUACAAAUUUAUAUGUAAUUUCAUUAAAGAAGUAUCAAACUUAGAGUCGACACGUUUUUCUUGUGGAGAAAGCUUUUUGGAAAAUAAAUUUUUAUACUUUGCAACGUUUUUGGUUUUGCAAGAUUCAUCUUUAAAUAUUUUUAAAUUAUGUUAUAGAUUUGUAAAAUUUUUAUUAUUAUAAUUCACGUGAUUUUUAUAAUUAAGAACUAUUAUAAAGGACUAUUAUAUGUGUAUAACUAUUACAUGUAUAAAGAAGCGCCACGUUUUCCUACAAUUCUGACUUUUUUAUACAUAUGAAAAACAUUUUAAUAUAUAUUUAGUACAAAAGACAGAGACUAAAUGGAUAUUA